AUGGAUUUUUCUAAAAUUCAAGUGGAACGUUUAACCACAUCACUGAACGAGAGCAAUAUCGUGAUACUAGAAAAUCGUGGACUUGACGGAAGCAGCGGUUCAGCGGUGCUAAAAUUUAAGUUUGACUACGAGCUGGAGAAAGACAUUGUGGCGAAUUUCAAGUACAACUCGACAGGCGAUAUUUCUAUUAUUUCGACUCUAGAAAUAGAAAAAUGUCACUAUUUGCGCAUUAAAACUAAGAAAGAUCGUGUGUCGUUUCAUAUUGAGGAUAAGCUUGUUAAUACCAUCCAGUUAAAACGUCUUCAGGUAUGCGCGUCUAACAAGAAACUCAAAGAUUAUUUAGAAACAAACGUCGUGCCACUGAUAACAAAGAAAAUCAAGUAUACGAAAUUUGCACCACAAUUUCGGUUUUUCCUCAGCCACAAAGCAAAGGACAAGCCUGUCAUGCGUACAUUUGAAGAUGGGCUAACGUUUCUCGGGUAUUCGACAUGGAUAGACGAAUCCAAUAUGCCCAUGGGAGCACAUCUGCAGCAAGCUUUGAAAACAUCGAUCGACAAUUGCGAUUGUUUUGUUGCUUGGCUGAACGAGGAAUAUUUCAAGAGCGAGUACUGCACAGCAGAGCUCUUAUACGCCAAAAAUCGUGGUAAGAUAAUUCUACCAUUUGGAGUAUUCAGCGAAAUUAAAACCCAGCUUCGCGCAGACGAAAACCUCGUAUUCUUGGAAGGCCUUUUAAUAAGUAACCCAAAUGAGAUGUCUUUCUUUGAAGCGUUGAGACGCAUCGAUGAAACAUUAUUCAAUUUUGAAAAGAUGGCUCUUCCUUCCUCUUAG